UUAUCCUGGUACGUCUUUAGUGGCGGACGACUAUAAGCGUUCGAAAAUUCGCUCUGGCUAUCUCCCAUUUCAGAGCGCAGAAUAACUGAUGAAUUUACGAACGCUCAACACCGGUUGAAUAGGGCUGGUGUCAGCAAACAAGGCAAAAAAAAAGCUUAAUUCAGUUGUUGCCAGCAGCACAGUUAUAGUCACCAACGCUCUGGAUAACAUGAAAAACGCAUAACCAGCUCUGCUAGAGCAAGUAAAAUGGCCAGAGUGCGGUGUUAUCUAUUUAUCCAGUUAAUUUGGGUGCCGUUGAGGUCAGAAGGCUCGGAUCAACCCUACUCCUCGGCCAGAGCCUCCAGCAUGCGCUCCGACAGCGAAAAGCUCUGAAUUUACUAAAGGGCAAUAUGACAGUUAAAUAAUAUACAAAUAUUCUGAUUUUACAUACGCCCUCCAGAGUGCAAUACGAACGCACCCUAUAAUGGACACUGCUGGCCUGAAGUGCAAACCUAUAGGCUAUUUCAUUUCAGAAUUGGUUACAAUUAGGUUAAGGGUUAGAUUUAGAUUUUAUUGGCUCAUUGUUUUCAGGUCAGUAGGUACCCACACUUUUCUGCGAGUGUCUCUUUUAAAAUCCUCAUCAAUCAGCAGACAAUCUUUCUACAUGAUUACCUGAUUGGUCAAUCUACACCCACGCCAAGGAAGUGCAAACAGAGCUCUUCCGGUCACUGUUUGGUUUGAAUCGAAGAAGGCUGUUUUGGUCGCGGAUACUCUUUUCAUGGCACUUCGAUACAGUGAUUUUCAUAGCAGAAUGCCAGUAAGUAGGAUAUUAGAGGCACUUUAGUCAACAAGAUGAAGAUCAAACAACGUUCAAAAACUACGCCACUGCACAAAAAAAACAUGGGGACUAAACGCCAUGGAAACGUGGGUAUAACACAAACAGAACAUGACCCACAGUCAGGUGAUGACUCCACCAGCAGAGAUGAAUCAGAUUGUACCCAAGCACUCUCAAAGAGCACCAGUUCAACUCAUUCAGAUUCUAGUCCACUCCACAAGGAUCCUGUGGUAGUGCUAACCAGGUUGGCUGAGGUGGUGGUUAAGACACUUCUGAGAGACAUUAAAGUUUGUUUGGUGAAGGAGGUGACGGAUGUCAGGAGGGAUGAAGACAACCAUGGAGGUUCUCCUCAGUUCUUUCCUUGUCCACACUGCACCAUCUCCUUUACUGACUGUUACUUCCUGGAGAACCACAUCAAGACCAAACACCAGAAGCAGUACCUGGCCAUGUUGAGAAGCCAAGUCUCAAAGAGUAAAAGAGUGUAUGGCCCCACACACCGCUGUCCCCACUGUAGCUGCAUGUUCCAUACACCACGACAGCUAGACAUUCAUAACCGCCAGGCCCACCCCUCUGCCCGUCCCCAGAAACCUGCCCCUCCCCGGAGAACUGGCCGUCCCCACAGGGUUCAGGAGAAAUUCCACACCUGCCCACAGUGCUCCCGCAGAUUCAAGUACCUGGGCAGCCUGCUGAAGCACUGCAAGAGUUUGCACAAAAUGGCCGUUGUUCUCACCAAUGGACACAUCAGUUGCGCAGACUGUGAGAAGAGCUUUGAGAAUUGCUGGGGCCUGGGGCCUCACCGGUGUCACGAACCAGAGGGCAAUAAACCUAAGGACGCUAAACAGAUGGUCAUUAAGGAAGUCGGCUUCCAAUGCUUAGAUUGUGGCAAGAUCCUCACUACACCUACGAGCCUGAACGCUCACAUGCGCAUCCACACUGGAGAAAAGCCUUAUGUCUGCAAGGAGUGUGGCAAGCGCUUCUCAGGUACAGGCGCUUACAGUUAUCACUUGUUAAUACACAAUGGGGUCAAGCCAUUCAAAUGUCAGGACUGUGGGAAGGCUUUCAAGCAGAAGUACCUCCUCAGGAAGCACAUGACUGUUCACUCUGGUGAGAGGAAGUACUCCUGCUCCCAAUGCGACAGGCAGUUUGCAUACAGGGAGAGUCUGAAGCUUCACCUGCGCACACACUCCGGGUCGAGACCUUUCAAAUGUACUGUCUGUGGUAAAGACUUUGCUGACAAAGGUUAUCUGAAGAUGCAUCUGAAGAUUCACAACAACCAGAAAAACUACCAUUGUGGGGUUUGUGGGCAGAAAUUCAUAAGGAUUGGGGUGCUGAACGUACACCUGCGCUCACACACAGGUGAGAGGCCUUACCACUGCACAGUGUGUGACAAGCAGUUUGCCCGACUCGACCACCUGAAGAACCACCAGCGCACUCACACAGGUGAGAAACCAUACACCUGUACCGAGUGCAGUAAAAGCUUCACUCAGUCUGGAGAUCUAACCAAACACAAGCGCCUCCACACUGGGGAGAGGCCAUUUGAAUGUUCUGAAUGCCACAAACGCUUUAUCUGCUCUGCUUCUCUGACCCUGCACAUGAGGACCCACACUCACCGUGACGUAAAGCCAUACUCCUGCCAAGAGUGUGGGAAAAGCUUUUAUGAACAGAGUCAUGUGAACGGCCACAUGAAAAUCCACAAGGGGAAACGUUAUUCCUGCCCCCACUGCUUUCUCAGCUUUGCGCGCAAGUCCAACCUCUCCAAACACCUGCUUAGACGUCAUAAACCUAAAUGAUAAUGAUGUAUAUUAACAUAGCACCUUUUAUGAAACUCUGUUACUCUUAUGAAUUAAAUGGAGAGUCUGAUCUCUUUUGUCAUUGAUCGAUGUGACAUCAAAUUCUAACUAAAUUUUGCCCCAGGUUUAUGAUAACGCUGCAAUGUUUUAACAAUCCUCCAGUUGGGUCACAGUGAGCUCCAUGUAUUGGGACAGUGACACGUUUUGUUUCUCCUGCAGCACUUUGGAUUUGAAAUUAUACAACGACUGAGGUUAAAGUGCAGACUCCGCUUUAAUUUGAGGGUAUUUUCAUCCAUAUCGGGUGAACCGCUCAGAAAGAACAGGAUUUUUUGUACAUAUUCCCCCCCAUUUUUAAGGGAAUGGUUACAUUAUUUGGUCCCAUAUUCCCAGCAUGCAAUGCUUACAUUAAGCUUGACUGGAUACGUUUGCUGUUUGUUUUGGUUGUGUGUCAGGGUAUUUUGUGCUCAAUAGAAGUUAAUGGUAAAUAUUGUAUUGUCACUUUUAUUAUAAAUUAGAAUAGUGUAUGUCUUCUAUAUUAGUGGCUACCAUGAUUACGGAUAAAACUGAAUGAAUUGUGAUUAAUGAGUGAAAGUUAGAGGCAUAAAUAUCAAACCCCUUCAAAAUGCUAACCUCCCCUGUUAUUGUAAUGGUAAGAUGUUAGCAUGUCUUGAGGGCAUGAUACUUGUGCGUCUGUACUCUAGCUUUCUCACUCAUUAUUCAGGACUAUCCGUAAUCAUUGUAGCAUCCAACAAGUUUGUAGAGUAACAACCUUGUUGUAAUCAAUAUGUGCUAGGACAAUGGGACCAAAUACUAUACUUUUGACUACUUUUACCGCACAAGGAAUUUGUACCAAUUCUUUAAGCCCCCCCCCAUUUUAGGGGAUUAUGUUCAAGAAGUGUAUUUUCUAAACUGUUCAUAUGGAUAAAAAUACUAAUUAAAGCUGACGGUCUACACUUUAACCUAAUAAUCAUUGUAUCAUUUCAAAUACAACGUCUGGAGGUACAGAGCCAAAAGAACAAAACAUAAUUCACUGUCCCAAUACUUUUGGAGCUCUUUUGUUAAUAUUAUUGCUCUUUUGUUUUAUGGAUGUUUGCGUUUAACCAGUUCAAUGUAAGCUACAUAAUCCCCAAAAGUAGUUAUCAUGAGGGCCAUAAAUGAUAACUAGUAAUGUUGAGGAUACUAGCUCAAGUACACACAGUACAAAUGAUACAAUUCUAUUUGACAAAAUUGAAUGAAUAGAGCUUUGAAGUGUUUAUUCUUUCUAAAUAUUGCUUAAAUUAUAAAAUGACACUAAUAUCAUCUUCCUUAACUUUAAAUUACAUAUUUGUUUAGUGUUAGAGAACUCCUAUUUUCUGGAUGUUUCUCUUGUUCACAAUGUCUGACCCCCAUCGCUGUAAACAUCUCAGAGCUCUAGCUUGACUAUAUUAACUUUUUAGGAACACUCCUUUCAUCCUUAAUCAAUCUCUGAAUGUGCUACUGUAAUGAAACCACUCUCCUGCUGCGCUAUGAUGUAAGGAUUGCAGGCAUGUGCUUUGUCAGUAGAUGUGAUAUAGGGUUCAGCCAGGAGUUGGACAGUUGGAAGAGUGAUUGAAAUGGUAGAAGGGACAUCCCAGCUUCAAGUGGUGUUAGAUUUCACAUCCUACAUCACGCAGGGUCGGAACUGGUACCAGAACCACACAGGUCCCCCAAACAAGGGACCUUAUGUCUAAGAGGUUAUAAACACACACAAAAAAAUGUUUUAUUUGCUCUGUAUAAAAAUGAAGAACGUAUGUACAGAAGAUGGUUUCAUGAAUGAUUGACCUGGUGAUCAGUAGGCGAUAAUAAAUUCUGAAAGAUUA